AUGACGAUACACGCGGCGUACGUGCAGCUGGGAUUUGAAGUUCCAGAUGAUCUCCUCCAGCUCGUGUCACCCGAAUGGAUGGUUGAGCUGAUACACGCACUAAAUCGAGCUCUUCUUGAGGAGGAAACCAUGGUCCGAGUGUACGGUACCGGCGGAAUGGCGUAUGUCCUCGCCGUCGCAAAGUUUCUGUUUGCCCAUGAUAUGGUCGUCAGUGUCGGAAACUUUCUCAUUUACGAAGGAGCUCGUCGAUCCAUCUUUCUUGAGUUCACGACAGAUACACCCGGGGCAGCAACAUUUCAACUUGGAGCAAGAUUACAGAACAUAGCCCCCUUGCUAGAGCAGGACCGAAAACUUUCAAAUACCUCACGCUGGUGUCAAUUCUUAUGGCCAAAAUGGAUACGUAGCUGGCUAGAACUUGAGUUCGCCAGUUCGGGAGCCACUUGUUCCGAGAAGGCCGAGCAAUCCCUUCUUGGGCCGACCAAGGGUCGCGGUCUCACACAACAUUCGAACAUCGUGAUGAAGAACGAGACGACAGCAUGA